AUGCGCCGUGUUCGCUACAAUGCCGCGAUAUCGCUCGACGGCUUCAUCGCCUCACCGGACGGCUCAACAGACUGGAUAGUCGAGGACACAAGCAUAGACUUCGACGCACUCUAUGCCCAGUUUGACAUUUACAUCAUGGGUCGCAAGACUUAUGAAGUUGUCACAUCCCAUGGAGACUUCAACCCGUUAGGUUCAAAGGCAAAAGAGAAUGUCAUUGUCGUCAGUCGCGAGAUGAAACAGGAAGAGUACCCAAACAUCACCAUCCUACAAAACGGCUUCAUCGACACCAUCCGUCGACUUAAAUCGCAAGACGGCAAAGAUAUAUGGUUCAUGGGUGGAGGUCAGCUUGCCGCGCCGCUGCUCGAAGCAGGUCUUAUUGAUACCUUUGAGAUGGCUAUUAUGCCCGCUGUUCUUGGCAAGGGGAUCAAAAUGAUAGCUGAGUCGGAUAAGACGGACAAGGCAGGCUACAGUUUGGAUCUUACCGGGCUGGAAAAGCUGGAUAAGAGUGGCAUUGUGAUUCUCAAGUAUGCCGUUCGCUAUGGUAAAUGA